AUGGAUGCUGAACCUAAGAUACAAGAUGAAGAGAAGGAAGGAGCUAAGGCGACUGAAGGACAAGAUGAAGGGCAACAUAUCUUGAUAGAGAAAGUCUAUAGGGCUGAGGAUAAUGCCCUGGAAAAGAUACCCAUUGAGCAGGGCACUGGUAGGAAUGACCAAGGGAGACUAACUGAAACACAACAAAAAGCACCAUCAGAAUCAAUAUACCAUAAAAGAAGUAUGGGAGCAGUCCAGAGACUUAUUAUGGAGAAGAAUGCCGAAACAGAACACCGGAAGCCGAGGGGAAAAAGUUGGUGGAGACAGGAACAAGCAUAA